AUGGCAUUUGUUGCAACACAAGGGGCCACGGUGGUUGACCAAACCACUCUGAUGAAAAAAUACCUUCAGUUCGUGGCAGCUCUCACGGAUGUAAAUACACCUGAUGAAACAAAGUUAAAAAUGAUGCAAGAAGUUAGUGAAAAUUUUGAGAAUGUCACAUCAUCUCCUCAAUAUUCCACAUUCCUCGAGCACAUCAUCCCCCGAUUUCUCACAUUUCUUCAAGAUGGGGAGGUCCAGUUUCUUCAGGAGAAACCAGCCCAGCAACUGCGGAAACUGGUCCUUGAAAUAAUUCACAGGAUACCAACCAACGAACAUCUUCGUCCUCAUACAAAAAACGUUCUAUCUGUGAUGUUUCGCUUUUUAGAGACGGAAAACGAAGAGAAUGUUCUUAUUUGUCUAAGAAUCAUUAUCGAGCUACACAAACAGUUCAGGCCACCCAUCACACAAGAAAUUCAUCAUUUUUUGGAUUUUGUGAAACAGAUUUACAAGGAGCUUCCAAAAGUAGUGAACCGCUACUUUGAGAACCCUCAGGUGAUCCCCGAGAACACAGUCCCUCCCCCAGAAAUGGUUGGUAUGAUCACAACAAUUGCUGUGAAAGUCAAUCCAGAGCGCGAGGACAGUGAGACAAGAACACAUUCCAUCAUCCCAAGAGGGUCUCUUUCUCUGAAAGUGUUGGCAGAAUUGCCCAUUAUUGUUGUUUUAAUGUAUCAGCUCUACAAACUGAAUAUCCACAAUGUCGUUGCUGAAUUUGUGCCCUUGAUCAUGAAUACCAUUGCAAUUCAGGUAUCCGCACAAGCCAGGCAACAUAAGCUUUACAACAAGGAGUUGUAUGCUGAUUUUAUUGCUGCUCAGAUCAAAACAUUGUCAUUUUUAGCCUAUAUCAUCAGAAUUUAUCAGGAGUUGGUGACUAAGUACUCUCAGCAGAUGGUAAAAGGAAUGUUACAGUUACUUUCAAAUUGCCCAGCAGAGACUGCACACCUCAGAAAGGAACUUCUCAUCGCUGCAAAGCAUAUCCUCACCACAGAGCUAAGAAACCAGUUCAUCCCUUGCAUGGACAAGCUCUUUGAUGAAUCCAUACUGAUUGGAUCAGGAUAUACUGCUCGGGAGACUCUCAGGCCCCUCGCCUACAGCACGUUGGCCGACCUCGUGCACCACGUCCGUCAGCACCUGCCCCUCAGCGACCUCUCCCUCGCCGUCCAGCUCUUUGCCAAGAACAUCGAUGACGAGUCCCUGCCCAGCAGCAUCCAGACCAUGUCCUGCAAGCUGCUGCUGAACCUGGUGGACUGCAUCCGUUCCAAGAGCGAGCAGGAGAGCGGCAACGGGAGGGACGUCCUGAUGCGGAUGCUGGAGGUCUUUGUCCUCAAAUUCCACACCAUUGCCCGGUACCAGCUCUCUGCCAUCUUUAAGAAGUGCAAGCCUCAGUCAGAACUCGGAGCGGUGGAGGCAGCCCUGCCCGGGGUGCCCGCUGCCCCCUUGACCCCAGACCCCUCCCCUGCGCCUGUCCCACCUUCCUUCCCACCGCCCCACACCCCUUGACCUAGCCACCCCAUUGGCCCAUUGCCUGUCUCGGAAAAGGAUAAAGAGGACAAGCAGACAUUCCAGGUCACAGAUUGCCGAAGUUUGGUCAAAACCUUGGUCUGUGGUGUCAAGACCAUCACGUGGGGCAUAACGUCAUGUAAAGCACCUGGUGAAGCUCAGUUCAUUCCCAACAAGCAGUUACAGCCCAAAGAGACUCAGAUUUAUAUAAAACUUGUGAAAUAUGCAAUGCAGGCUUUAGAUAUUUAUCAGGUCCAGAUAGCUGGAAAUGGACAGACCUACAUCCGAGUAGCAAACUGCCAGACCGUCAGAAUGAAGGAGGAGAAGGAGGUGUUGGAACACUUCGCCGGCGUGUUCACAAUGAUGAAUCCCUUAACGUUUAAAGAAAUCUUUCAGACGACAGUCCCUUACAUGGUGGAAAGAAUCUCAAAAAAUUAUGCUCUUCAGAUUGUUGCCAACUCCUUCUUGGCGAACCCUACUACCUCGGCUCUGUUCGCCACAAUCCUGGUGGAGUACCUCCUGGACCGCCUGCCGGAGAUGGGCUCCAGCGUGGAGGUCUCCAACCUGUACCUCAAGCUGUUCAAGCUGGUCUUUGGCUCAGUCUCCCUCUUUGCAGCUGAAAACGAACAAAUGCUGAAGCCCCACCUGCACAAGAUCGUGAACAGCUCAAUGGAACUUGCACAGACUGCCAAAGAGCCCUAUAACUACUUCCUGCUGCUCCGGGCCCUGUUCCGCUCCAUUGGGGGAGGUAGCCAUGACCUCCUGUAUCAGGAAUUUUUGCCUCUCCUACCAAACCUCCUGCAAGGCCUGAACAUGCUGCAGAGCGGCCUGCACAAGCAGCACAUGAAGGACCUGUUCGUGGAGCUGUGUCUCACGGUGCCCGUGCGGCUGAGCUCCCUCCUGCCCUACCUGCCCAUGUUAAUGGAUCCCUUGGUGUCUGCUCUCAACGGCUCGCAGACGCUGGUCAGCCAAGGCCUGAGGACCCUGGAGCUGUGCGUGGACAACCUGCAGCCCGAUUUCCUCUAUGACCACAUCCAGCCUGUCCGUGCGGAGCUCAUGCAGGCUUUAUGGCGCACUUUACGCAAUCCUGCUGAUAGCAUUUCUCACGUGGCCUAUCGUGUACUUGGUAAAUUUGGUGGCAGUAACAGGAAGAUGUUGAAGGAGUCCCAGAAGCUGCACUAUGUUGUGACCGAGGUUCAAGGCCCCAGUAUCACAGUGGAGUUUUCUGACUGUAAAGCAUCUCUUCAGCUCCCGAUGGAGAAGGCCAUCGAAACCGCUCUAGACUGCCUGAAGAGCGCCAACACGGAGCCUUACUACCGGAGGCAGGCGUGGGAGGUGAUCAAGUGCUUCCUGGUGGCAAUGAUGAGUCUGGAGGACAAUAAACAUGCCCUCUACCAGCUUCUCGCACACCCUAACUUUACAGAAAAGACCAUCCCUAAUGUCAUCAUAUCACAUCGCUACAAAGCACAGGACACUCCAGCUCGGAAGACGUUUGAGCAGGCCCUGACUGGGGCGUUCAUGUCUGCCGUCAUUAAGGAUCUCCGGCCCAGCGCCCUGCCCUUUGUCGCCAGCUUGAUCCGCCACUACACGAUGGUGGCAGUUGCCCAGCAGUGCGGUCCUUUCCUGCUUCCUUGCUACCAGGUGGGCAGCCAGCCCAGCACAGCCAUGUUCCACAGUGAAGAAAAUGGGUCCAAAGGAAUGGAUCCCUUGGUCCUAAUUGAUGCAAUAGCCAUUUGCAUGGCAUACGAGGAAAAGGAGCUUUGCAAGAUUGGAGAGGUGGCACUAGCUGUGAUAUUUGAUGUUGCCAGUAUCAUCCUGGGCUCAAAGGAGAGGGCGUGCCAGCUGCCUCUGUUUUCUUACAUCGUAGAACGCUUGUGUGCGUGUUGCUAUGAGCAGGCCUGGUAUGCAAAGCUGGGGGGUGUGGUGUCCAUUAAAUUUCUCAUGGAGCGGCUGCCUCUCACUUGGGUUCUCCAGAACCAGCAGACGUUCCUCAAAGCGCUUCUCUUUGUCAUGAUGGACUUGACUGGAGAGGUUUCCAACGGGGCGGUUGCCAUGGCAAAGACCACCUUGGAGCAGCUUCUGAUGAGGUGUGCGACACCUUUAAAAGAUGAAGAGAGAGCCGAAGAGAUCGUGGCAGCUCAGGAGAAGUCCUUUCACCACGUGACACAUGACUUGGUUCGAGAAGUCACCUCUCCAAAUUCCACUGUGAGAAAACAGGCCAUGCAUUCCCUGCAGGUCUUAGCCCAGGUCACUGGGAAAAGUGUGACAGUGAUCAUGGAGCCCCAUAAAGAGGUCCUCCAGGAUAUGGUCCCACCCAAGAAGCAUUUGCUCAGACACCAGCCUGCCAAUGCGCAGAUUGGCCUGAUGGAGGGGAACACGUUCUGUACCACGCUACAGCCCAGGCUCUUCACAAUGGAUCUUAACGUGGUGGAACAUAAGGUGUUCUACACAGAGCUAUUAAAUUUAUGUGAGGCUGAGGACUCCGCUUUAACAAAGCUGCCUUGUUACAAAAGCCUUCCGUCACUCGUACCUCUGCGAAUUGCAGCGUUGAAUGCGCUUGCUGCCUGCAACUACCUUCCUCAGUCCAGGGAGAAGAUCAUCGCUGCCCUCUUCAAGGCCCUGAAUUCCACGAAUAGUGAGCUGCAGGAGGCUGGAGAAGCCUGUAUGAGAAAGUUUUUGGAAGGUGCUACCAUAGAAGUGGAUCAAAUCCAUACACAUAUGCGGCCUUUGUUGAUGAUGCUGGGGGAUUAUCGAAGCCUGACACUGAAUGUCGUGAAUCGUCUCACUUCAGUUACCAGGCUCUUCCCAAACUCCUUCAAUGAUAAAUUUUGUGAUCAGAUGAUGCAACAUCUACGAAAGUGGAUGGAAGUGGUGGUCCUCACCCAUAAAGGGGGCCAGAGGAGCGACGGAAACGAAAUGAAAAUUUGUUCGGCAAUUAUAAACCUUUUUCAUCUGAUCCCAGCUGCACCUCAGACUCUCGUCAAGCCUUUGUUAGAGGUGGUGAUGAAAACAGAACGGGCUAUGUUGAUUGAGGCCGGCAGUCCGUUCAGAGAGCCUCUCAUCAAGUUCUUGACUCGGCACCCCUCACAGACGGUGGAGCUGUUCAUGAUGGAAGCCACACUGAACGAUCCCCAGUGGAGCAGAAUGUUUAUGAGUUUUUUAAAACACAAAGAUGCCAGACCUCUGCGAGAUGUGCUGGCCGCUAACCCCAACAGGUUCAUCACCCUGCUGCUGCCCGGUGGCCCCCAGACCGCCGUGCGCCCUGGCUCACCCAGCACCAGCAACCUGCGCCUGGACCUCCAGUUUCAGGCCAUCAAGAUCAUAAGUAUUAUAGUUAAAAACGAUGACUCCUGGCUGGCCAAUCAGCAUUCUCUGGUGAGCCAGUUGAGGCGUGUGUGGGUUAGCGAGACCUUUCAAGAGAGACACCGGAAGGAGAAUAUGGCUGCCACCAAUUGGAAGGAGCCCAAGCUGCUGGCCUACUGUCUGCUGAAUUACUGCAAAAGGAAUUAUGGAGACAUAGAAUUGCUCUUCCAGCUGCUCCGGGCCUUUACCGGUCGUUUUCUCUGCAACAUGACGUUCCUGAAAGAGUACAUGGAGGAAGAGAUUCCCAAAAACUACAGCAUCGCUCAAAAGCGUGCCCUGUUUUUCCGUUUUGUGGACUUCAGCGACCCCAACUUUGGAGAUGAACUGAAAGCCAAGGUUCUGCAGCAUAUCUUGAAUCCUGCUUUCUUGUACAGCUUUGAGAAGGGAGACGGGGAGCAGCUCCUAGGACCUCCCAACCCAGAAGGCGAUAACCCAGAGAGCAUCACCAGUGUGUUUAUAACCAAGGUGCUGGACCCGGAGAAGCAGGCGGACAUGCUGGACUCGCUGAGGAUCUACCUCCUGCAGUACGCCACGCUGCUGGUGGAGCACGCCCCGCACCACAUCCACGACAACAACAAGAACCGCAACAGCAAGCUGCGCCGCCUCAUGACCUUCGCGUGGCCCUGCCUGCUGUCCAAGGCCUGCGUGGACCCGGCCUGCAAAUACAGCGGACACUUGCUUCUGGCGCACAUCAUUGCCAAGUUUGCCAUACACAAGAAGAUCGUCCUUCAGGUCUUUCACAGUCUCCUCAAGGCUCAUGCGAUGGAGGCUCGAGCCAUCGUGAGACAGGCGAUGGCCAUUUUGACUCCGGCGGUGCCGGCCAGGAUGGAGGACGGGCACCAGAUGCUGACGCACUGGACGAGGAAGAUCAUUGUGGAGGAAGGCCACACGGUCCCGCAGCUCGUUCACAUCCUGCAUUUGAUCGUGCAGCACUUUAAGGUCUACUACCCUGUGCGGCAUCACUUGGUGCAGCACAUGGUCAGCGCCAUGCAGAGGUUGGGCUUCACGCCCAGCGUCACCAUCGAGCAGAGGCGGCUGGCCGUGGACCUGUCUGAAGUCGUCAUCAAGUGGGAAUUGCAGAGGAUCAAGGACCAGCAGCCGGAUUCAGACAUGGACUCAAAUUCAAGUGGCGAAGGAGUCAACUCUGUUUCAUCUUCCAUUAAAAGAGGCCUGUCGGUGGAUUCCGCCCAGGAAGUGAAACGCUUUAGGACGGCCACUGGAGCCAUCAGCGCAGUGUUCGGAAGGAGCCAGUCGCUGCCUGGAGCCGACUCCCUUCUUGCCAAACCCAUUGAUAAGCAGCACACAGACACAGUGGUGAACUUCCUCAUCCGCGUGGCUUGUCAGGUUAACGACAAUACCAACACUGCGGGGUCUCCAGGGGAGGUGCUGUCUCGGCGGUGUGUGACUCUACUGAAGACUGCCUUGCGCCCAGACAUGUGGUCCAAGUCUGAGCUCAAACUGCAGUGGUUUGACAAGCUCCUGAUGAGUGUGGAGCAGCCUAAUCAAGUCAACUAUGGAAAUAUUUGCACGGGAUUGGAAGUUCUGGGUUUCUUGCUCACUGUCUUGCAGUCUCCAGCCAUCCUCAGCAGCUUCAAACCUCUGCAGCGUGGGAUCGCUGCGUGCAUGACAUGCGCGAACACCAAGGUUCUCCGAGCGGUCCAUAGCCUUCUCUCCCGCCUAAUGAGCAUUUUCCCAACAGAGCCAAGCACUUCCAGUGUGGCCUCCAAGUACGAAGAGCUGGAGUGCCUCUAUGCGGCCGUCGGAAAGGUAAUCUAUGAAGGACUCACCAACUAUGAGAAGGCCACCAAUGCGAAUCCCUCCCAGCUUUUCGGGACCCUUAUGAUCCUCAAGUCCGCCUGCAGCAACAACCCGAGCUACAUCGACCGGCUCAUCUCGGUCUUCAUGCGCUCCCUGCAGAAGAUGGUCCGAGAGCACCUGAACCCACAGGCAGCGUCGGGCAGCACAGAAGCUACCUCAGGUGACAACCAGGGCCCCCACGUUUUUUUCUCAGACUUCAUGGAACACCAAAAGGUGAAAAUCGUGGAAGAGUGGGUGAAAAACAAUUCCCCGAUGGCAGCCAGUCAGACACCUACACUCCGGGAGAAGUCCAUUUUGCUUGUGAAAAUGAUGGCCUACAUAGAAAAGCGCUUUCCGGAAGACCUUGAAUUAAAUGCCCAGUUUUUAGACCUCGUUAACUAUGUCUACAGGGAUGAGACGCUGUCUGGCAGUGAGCUGACUGCAAAACUCGAGCCAGCCUUCCUCUCCGGGCUGCGUUGCGCCCAGCCCCUCAUCAGGGCAAAGUUUUUCGAGGUUUUUGACAACUCUAUGAAACGUCGGGUAUACGAGCGCCUGCUUUACGUUACCUGUUCCCAGAAUUGGGAAGCCAUGGGGAACCACUUCUGGAUUAAGCAGUGCAUUGAGCUGCUUCUGGCGGUGUGUGAGAAGAGCACUCCCAUUGGUACUAGCUGCCAAGGAGCCAUGCUCCCGUCCAUCACCAAUGUCAUCAACCUGGCCGACAGCCACGACCGAGCGGCCUUCGCCAUGGUCACACACGUCAAGCAGGAGCCUCGGGAGCGAGAGAACAGCGAGUCCAAAGAGGAAGACGUGGAGAUUGACAUCGAGCUGGCCCCGGGAGACCAGACCAGCACGCCCAAAACCAAAGAGCUUUCUGAAAAGGACAUCGGGAACCAACUGCACAUGUUAACCAACAGACACGACAAAUUCCUUGACACUCUCCGGGAGGUGAAGACGGGAGCACUGCUCAGCGCUUUUGUCCAGCUCUGUCACAUUUCCACAACACUGGCAGAAAAGACGUGGGUCCAGCUUUUUCCCAGAUUGUGGAAAAUCCUGUCCGACAGACAGCAGCACGCUCUGGCUGGUGAGAUCAGCCCGUUCCUGUGCAGCGGCAGCCACCAGGUGCAGCGGGAUUGUCAGCCCAGCGCGCUGAACUGCUUCGUCGAGGCCAUGUCCCAGUGUGUCCCCCCAAUUCCCAUCAGGCCCUGCGUUCUGAAGUAUUUGGGGAAGACACACAACCUCUGGUUCCGGUCCACGUUAAUGCUGGAGCACCAGGCUUUUGAGAAAGGUCUGAGUCUGCAGAUUAAGCCGAAGCAAACCACGGAAUUUUAUGAGCAGGAGAGCAUAACUCCACCCCAGCAGGAGAUCCUGGACUCCCUGGCUGAACUGUACUCUCUGUUACAAGAGGAAGAUAUGUGGGCUGGUUUGUGGCAGAAGCGUUGCAAGUAUUCAGAGACGGCGACUGCCAUUGCUUACGAGCAGCACGGAUUCUUUGAGCAGGCACAAGAAGCUUACGAGAAGGCAAUGGACAAAGCCAAGAAGGAGCAUGAGAGGAGUAACGCGUCCCCUGCUAUCUUCCCAGAGUACCAGCUUUGGGAGGACCACUGGAUUCGGUGCUCGAAGGAGUUGAACCAAUGGGAAGCCUUGACGGAGUAUGGCCAGUCCAAAGGGCACAUAAACCCUUACCUCGUCCUCGAGUGUGCUUGGCGGGUGUCCAACUGGACCGCCAUGAAGGAGGCACUGGUGCAGGUGGAAGUAAGUUGCCCCAAAGAGAUGGCUUGGAAGGUCAACAUGUACCGCGGGUACCUGGCUAUCUGCCACCCCGAGGAGCAGCAGCUCAGCUUCAUCGAGCGCCUGGUGGAGAUGGCCAGCAGCUUGGCCAUCCGCGAGUGGCGGCGGCUACCGCACGUGGUGUCGCACGUGCACACACCUCUUCUCCAGGCAGCCCAGCAAAUCAUUGAACUUCAGGAAGCUGCACAAAUAAACGCAGGCUUGCAGCCGACCAACCUGGGCCGGAACAAUAGCCUACAUGACAUGAAGACGGUGGUGAAGACUUGGAGGAACCGGCUGCCCAUCGUGUCUGAUGACUUGUCCCACUGGAGCAGCGUGUUCAUGUGGAGGCAGCAUCAUUACCAGGCGAUUGUAACUGCAUAUGAAAACAGUUCUCAGCACGAUCCAAGUUCAAACAAUGCCAUGCUCGGGGUGCACGCGUCUGCUUCUGCGAUCAUCCAGUAUGGGAAAAUUGCCCGAAAACAAGGACUGGUCAAUGUAGCUCUGGACAUACUAAGUCGUAUUCACACUAUUCCAACUGUGCCUAUUGUGGAUUGCUUCCAGAAGAUUCGACAGCAAGUCAAAUGCUACCUCCAGCUGGCAGGAGUCAUGGGGAAGAACGAGUGUAUGCAGGGCCUUGAAGUUAUUGAAUCUACAAACCUAAAAUACUUCACAAAAGAGAUGACUGCUGAGUUUUACGCCCUGAAGGGAAUGUUCUUGGCUCAGAUCAACAAAUCUGAGGAAGCAAACAAAGCCUUUUCUGCAGCUGUACAAAUGCACGACGUGCUGGUGAAAGCUUGGGCCAUGUGGGGCGACUACCUGGAGAACAUCUUCGUGAAGGAGCGGCAGCUGCACCUCGGGGUGUCCGCCAUCACCUGUUACCUGCACGCCUGCCGGCAUCAGAAUGAGAGCAAAUCGAGGAAAUACUUAGCCAAGGUGCUGUGGCUUCUGAGUUUUGAUGACGACAAAAAUACUUUGGCAGAUGCUGUCGACAAGUACUGCAUCGGCGUGCCGCCCAUCCAGUGGCUGGCCUGGAUCCCCCAGCUGCUCACCUGCCUGGUUGGCUCUGAGGGAAAGCUGCUUUUGAACCUUAUUAGCCAGGUUGGACGCGUGUAUCCCCAGGCGGUCUACUUUCCCAUCCGGACCCUGUACCUGACCCUGAAAAUAGAGCAGCGGGAACGCUACAAGAGCGAUCCAGGGCCCAUAAGAGCAACAGCACCAAUGUGGCGCUGCAGCCGAAUCAUGCACAUGCAGCGAGAACUGCACCCAACACUUCUGUCUUCCCUGGAAGGCAUCGUCGAUCAGAUGGUCUGGUUCAGAGAAAACUGGCACGAAGAGGUUCUCAGGCAGCUCCAGCAGGGCCUGGCGAAAUGUUACUCUGUUGCAUUUGAGAAAAGCGGAGCGGUGUCGGAUGCCAAAAUUACCCCCCACACUCUAAAUUUUGUCAAGAAGUUGGUGAGCACGUUCGGAGUGGGCCUAGAGAACGUGUCCAAUGUCUCGACCAUGUUCUCCAGCGCGGCCUCUGAGUCCCUGGCCAGGCGGGCACAGGCCACUGCCCAGGACCCUGUCUUCCAGAAGCUAAAGGGCCAGUUCACAACCGAUUUUGACUUCAGCGUUCCAGGAUCCAUGAAGCUACAUAAUCUUAUCUCUAAGUUGAAAAAGUGGAUCAAAAUCCUGGAGGCUAAAACCAAGCAGCUUCCAAAGUUCUUCCUCAUAGAAGAAAAGUGCCGGUUUUUGAGCAAUUUCUCAGCACAGACCGCUGAAGUAGAAAUUCCAGGGGAAUUUCUGAUGCCAAAGCCGACACAUUAUUACAUCAAGAUUGCUAGGUUUAUGCCCAGGGUGGAAAUUGUGCAGAAGCACAACACGGCAGCCAGGAGACUGUACAUCCGUGGGCACAACGGCAAGAUCUACCCGUACCUCGUCAUGAACGACGCCUGCCUGACGGAGUCCCGGCGAGAGGAGCGCGUCCUGCAGCUGCUCCGGCUGCUGAACCCCUGUUUGGAGAAGAGAAAGGAAACCACAAAGAGGCACUUAUUUUUCACAGUUCCUCGAGUUGUGGCGGUGUCCCCUCAGAUGCGCCUCGUGGAGGACAACCCCUCUUCUCUUUCCCUCGUGGAGAUCUACAAGCAGCGCUGCGCGAAGAAGGGCAUCGAGCACGACAACCCCAUCUCCCGCUACUAUGACAGACUGGCCACGGUGCAGGCACGCGGGACCCAGGCCAGCCACCAGGUCCUUCGAGACAUCCUCAAGGAGGUUCAGAGCAACAUGGUACCACGCAGCAUGCUCAAGGAGUGGGCUCUGCACACGUUCCCCAACGCCACGGACUACUGGACGUUCCGGAAGAUGUUCACCAUCCAGCUCGCCCUGAUUGGCUUUGCAGAGUUCGUCUUGCAUUUAAAUAGACUCAACCCCGAGAUGUUACAGAUCGCUCAGGACACAGGCAAACUGAACGUGGCCUAUUUCCGAUUUGAUAUAAACGACGCGACCGGGGACUUAGAUGCCAACCGUCCCGUCCCUUUCCGCCUCACCCCCAACAUUUCCGAGUUUCUGACCACCAUCGGCGUCUCCGGCCCAUUGACAGCCUCCAUGAUCGCUGUCGCCCGGUGCUUCGCCCAGCCCAACUUCAAGGUGGAUGGCAUCCUGAAAACCGUGCUUCGGGACGAGAUCAUUGCUUGGCACAAAAAAACGCAGGAGGACACCUCUUCUCCUCUCUCGGCCGCCGGCCAGCCCGAGAACAUGGACAGCCAGCAGCUGGUCUCCCUGGUGCAGAAGGCCGUCACCGCCAUCAUGACCCGCCUGCACAACUUGGCCCAGUUCGAAGGCGGGGAGAGCAAAGUGAACACCCUGGUGGCCGCCGCAAACAGCCUGGACAACCUGUGCCGCAUGGACCCCGCCUGGCACCCGUGGCUGUGA